AAACUGGACAUCUUGAUCAACAACGCAGGUGAUUCAUCUCCAUGGGUCCUACUCACCGAGACCGAGCCCAGUAGCUGGUGGAACACAAUGGAAGUCAAUCUCAAAGGACCGUACCUCUUACUGCACGCCUUCCUUCCCUUGCUCGUAGAGACAGCGGAAGCGAACAAGACUACCGUCGACGUGCUCAAUGUAUCCAGUAUCGGCGCCCAUACCACGUCUCCUGGAGCAAGCGCAUACCAAAUCUCUAAACUCGCUGUAUUGCGGUUGACGGAGUUCGUAGAUGCGGAGUUUGGGCAACAAGGCGUCAACGCAAUUGCGCUGCACCCAGGAGGCGUGAAGACAGAGCUUGCGAGGAAGAGAACGCCGUUUCUUUCCCAUUUGCUAAACGAUACCUCCGAUCUUUGCGGUGGCUUUGUAGUUUGGCUGACCAAGGGCGCACGAACAUGGCUUGCAGGGAGAUAUGUAAGCGCGACAUGGGAUGUAGAGAAGCUAGAGAGUAUGAGGGAGGAAAUUGUGGCUGGGGAUAAGCUGAAGGUCAGGCUAGUUGUGUAA